CCCUGGUGUUUUCUGACUGAGGAGGAUCUCUGCAACCAGCAGAGGAACUUCAGAGUGGACCAGGAGAAUCCAGAAUCUCCACAGAUUAAAGAAGAACCGAAGGAAACAAAACUUCUACAGAUUAAAAUGGAGCAAGAGGAACCAGAACCUCCACAUAUUGAAGAGGAACAAGAGUAUCCAGUAUCCCCACAGAUUGAAGAGGAGCAGGAGGAACCCCAAACUAUACUGAUUAAGGACACUUAUACCUUGAUGGAGAUUCCUACUUUUGAGGAACAUGUUGAUAGUGAAGCAGAUGGAAACAAUCAGCAGAGCUUUAAUGGAACAGAAAGUCAGGAUGAAGAAGGAAACCAACAUGAAGAAUCAACAUCAACUCCAGAUGAAGAGACAGAGCCACAGAACAGAGAUCAGAGGAAGAGAAGAGACAGAAGUCAUGUCCAAAGUGUGGCCAGCUCUCACAUGUCAGAAAGUCAGUGUAACUAUGAUGUUAGUAAAAAGUUCAAGAUGACAACUUUGGUGAAGAAAUCCAAACAAUCCCUAAAGGAAAAGAGAUGUUCUUCUACAAAGUCUGGUAAAAGAACAAGGAUUCGACCUUAUGUCUGUAAAGAAUGUGACAAAAGUUUUAGUUAUGCAUCUAAACUUAAGAUACACAUGAGAACUCACUCAGGAGAGAAGCCUUUUAUGUGUACAGAAUGUGACAAAAGUUUUAGUCAAAAAUCUCAUCUCAAAAUACACAUGAGAACUCAUACAGGAGAGAAGCCUUUUAUGUGUAAAGAAUGUGACAGAAGUUUUAGUCAAAUAUCUACUCUCAAAACACACAUGACAACUCAUACAGGAGAGAAGCCUUUUAUGUGUAAAGAAUGUGAUAAAAGUUUUAAUAAGACUUCUUGUCUCAAAUCACACAUGAUAACUCAUACAGGAGAGAAGCCUUUUACCUGUAAAGAAUGUGACAGAUGUUUUAGUCAUGCAGUUUCUCUCAAAAUACACAUGAUAACUCAUACAGGAGAGAAGCCUUUUACGUGUAAAGAAUGUGACAGAAGUUUUAGUCAAAUAUCUACUCUCAAAACACACAUGAGAACUCAUACUGGAGAGAAGCCUUUUACGUGUAAAGAAUGUGACAGAAGUUUUAGUAAUACUUCUACUCUCAAAAGACACAUGAGAACUCACACAGGAGAGAAGCCUUUUACCUGUAAAGAAUGUGACAGAAGUUUUAGUCAUGCAGUUUCUCUCAAAAAACACAUGAGAACUCAUACAGGAGAGAAGCCUUUUAUGUGUAAAGAAUGUGAUAGAAGUUUUAGACAAAUAUCUCAUCUCAAAACACACAUGAGAACUCAUACAGGAGAGAAGCCUUUUUUUAAGCAAGGGAUACCCACAGUAGGGGAGCCAUGAAGAAAAGACAAUAAUGUUUUAACUAGGAAGGUUUAAGUGAAAUUGUGAAAAACAUUUUCGCUUAUUUUAAGUGGGCUAGGUGAAGGGCUGGCACUCAGGAUCCCUGGGUUCGAUUCCAGGGUUGUCCACUGAUCCCCACCCAGAUU